CGCUUGGGUUGGUUUUUUUUUGGCACCCAUGGCGGCUCUCAUGUCUUUCAGAUGGCUAUCUGUUGUGGCACACAAGCCGAGUGGUCAACACGAAGCUGGUCAUUGGUCGUUCAAUGUAGCGAAAGGAGCGAGGAUAGUCAUAGAUGUUCAAAGUUGGAAAACCAGAACAGUCUCAAACAUUAGAUAUCUGAUAGUUUUUCAAAACGCCUAAAAUGAUCAACACAUAGACAGCG